AUGCUUCCGUUUGCUAACUACUACAUUUCAACACCAAUUAUGUCCGAGAAGAAAAACAUCACCAGAAGCAGUAGCAACAGGAGAAAGAAGAGAUGGUCAUCGACACUUUUCACGGCCGGAGGAGGAGGAGGAGGAGAAGAUGAUGAUCUAGCCGCGGUGAAAGCUGCUGCGUGGGCUUGGUACCAAAGACACGAAGGCAAACCAAUGAUGAGAGAGUUCGAUCUCACUACAAGAUCCACAAGAACACCUCGACCUUCAAGAUACAAACUCGAAGCCAACAAGAACAUGAUGAUCAUGUCCGAGAAUAGGGUUUCUAAACCACUACACACUAGUCACUUGUGUCGUGGAGAUCAAGAAACCAAGUUGUCUAGUCUUCUUGACUCUUAUGAGAUCAAGAGUAUCUCUAAGAGGAUCGAUGAGGGUUCUUUACCUACCAAGCAAGGUAGUAGUCUCAGGCAUGAUCAUGUUCUAUUGGAGAAGAAGUUUGAGUAUGAUCAUAGUAAUAAGGAGAUGAAUGGGUUGGUAAACAAAAUGAGUAUUAGAAAUUUGUGGAAAGGAAUGAGUCUGAUGGCUCCAAGGACGGUUUGUGGCAGAAGCGAUGAUGUGGAUCUUAGGGCUUACCGAACAGAAAAGGUUUCACGGAGGAGGAGUGUGAGUACCCGAACCGACGGUGGCUAACUCUAUAGUCUUUAAUUAUUAUUUAUUAAGAAGCUAAUAUAUGUUUUUGGACAUUAUUAAUGUAAAAGGGAUCUAUUUUUCUAUAA